UGUGAUUACCUUAUUUGAACACUGAUGUAUUCCGACUGGUCAUUUUUUACUGCGCUCCCCUUCACUGCUGGGCAGCUGAGCAGAGUAUUGACUUACCUGCGUGUGCGGAUAAGGUGACUGGCCUGCCCUUGGCCACGUCAGGGAGCCGCUUUCUUGUUGACGAACCAAGCGCAUAGUAAAUGUUGCCCAGGGACAAACAGCCUCUCGAUAAACAGAUUGGACGGUGGCACAAGGGGCCCAGUGUUGGUGAGCCCUCAUGACAGAGAGAGGACGGAUUUUUCACAUCCCAGGUGAAGGUUCAGGACAAAGGCAGACACAGGUUUUAGAGUGAUGAGUCCACACAGUUGACAUCCUUUUUUGUUUUGUUUUCAUCCCAUGGCAGAAUUACGUUUCGACCAUCAAUGUCUUCUUCAGAUACUCUCUCUGAGGCCAGGCGCAGGACAAAAGCGUAACCGUAACCCUAGAUGCAUGGAGGCCGUCUCUGGGGAGGUCGGUUGGGAUGGACUGGCUUGGUCCUCCUCCUCCUCCGCGGCUGCAUCAGCAUCCUCCUCCUCAGCAGCAGCGGUGGUUGCGUCUGCUUCGUCGGGGUGGAUGAACCUGACCUCCGCCCUCUUCCCAGGCACCGCCACCACCGCCUCCAUCCCCAACGGCACACACACCACCGGGGGGUCACACUUCUGGCUCCUUCCCGACAAUGGCACAGGUGGUGGGGCCCAGGGCACACCUGCGCCUCCCCAGGCGCGUGACGAGAUGCUGGCCCAGGCGGAGAUCGCUGUGCUGGGCUUGGUGCUGGCCCUCACCACCCUGGGCAACAGCUUCGUGCUCUGGGUGCUGCUCCGACGGCGCAAGCACAACGCGCCCAUGCACAUGUUCAUGGUCAACCUGUGUGUAGCGGACCUGGUGGUGGCAUUUUUUCAGGUCCUUCCGCAGCUGGUGUGGGACAUCACGGAGCGGUUCCAGGGCCCCGACGCGCUGUGUCGCCUGGUGAAGUACCUGCAGAUCGUGGGCAUGUUCGCCUCCUCCUACAUGAUCGUUGCUAUGACGGUGGACCGCCACUACGCCAUCUGCUGCCCCCUGCAGGCCUACAGAGGAGGUGCCGUGUCGCGCUGCAACACCCCCGUACUCAUCGCCUGGGCACUGGCCCUGGUCUUCAGCAUUCCACAGGUCUUCAUAUUCUCCAGGUCGGAGCUGGCCCCGGGCGAGUUUGACUGCUGGGGCCACUUCAUAGAGCCGUGGGGGCUGAAGGCCUACAUCACCUGGAUGACCUUGGCCGUCUUCGUCUUUCCCGCCGUCAUCAUCACCGUUUGUCAGGUGCGCAUAUUUCGAGAGAUCCAUGACAACAUCUACCUGAAAUCGGAGCGGGUGGUGGCGGCCGACCUCAAGAAGAACGUGGUGUUCUUUAGCCUGCAGAGCAUGAAGAAGGAGGACGAGCGAACGGGGAGGGGACGAGCCAGCUACAGAGCCAGGGAGGGGAGAGGAGGAAGUGGAGGUGGAGGAGGUGUAGGUGGAGGUGGCUACCCUUCCCAGAAGAGCGAUGGUAGCCACGCGUGUCGCCCAUACUGUAACGGUAAUGACUUUGACCCCGAUGGCACGGCGGACUGCUACGAUUGCCCCUGUGCGGUCAGCCAGUACAACCAGUGCCCCAGCAGUGCGGUGAACCACUACACCCAGUGCCCCAACAAUGCCCCACAGGAGGACUGCUGUAACCAUGGCAACAACAACACCACCACCACGGCGCCCGACGUCCUCCCCACCAAUCAGAACCAUUCCAGCACAACAUCAUCAACGAGAAUGUCAACAGACCUGUCCGUCCACCAUCAGUGUGUUUACUACAGCAGCAGCACCACCACCACCAAUGCCCCAGACAGCCCUCCUGCCCGCCCCCGCACCUGCAGUCGAGGCUCAGCCCGUCACGCUAACGGGACCGGUGCCAGGGGCUCGGGGUCCUUCUCCUGCGACAGCAGCCCCCUGAACGCCUCCUACGAGGGCCGCUACAGUGUCAGCAGCGGGUCUCCGUACGGCGCCGGAGGUCACGGGGGUGGUGGUGGUGGUGGGGGAGCUCACGCCCCCCUCAACAGCCCCCCGCCCCCCAGCGUGUCGCGGGCCAUGUCCAAGACGGUGCGCAUGACGCUGGUGAUCGUGCUGGUCUACACCAUCUGCUGGUCGCCCUUCUUCAUCGUGCAGCUGUGGGCCGCCUGGGACCCCAACGCACCCAGCCAAGGUGUAGCCUUCACCAUCCUGAUGCUGCUGGCGAGCCUCAACUCCUGCACCAACCCCUGGAUCUACACGGCCUUCUCCAGCAGCGUGUCCCGGGAGCUCCAGGCCCUGCUGCGCUGCCGAUCGCGAGCCUCACGCCGCGGCUCCAUACCGGACGACUCCACCGCCACACACACCUCCACCACCAAGGACAGCCUGUACUGACAUGGAGGCACGCACCAAAACACACACACACACACAUAUUCAAAACACACACAGAUUCGUGCACGCACACACACACACGCACACACAAAUGCAAACAGUACAGUACAUACACAGGACACACACACGUCCAUCACGAAGGAAAGACUGUGUACUGAUACUCAUACACAGACCUACACACACACAUGGUACCAGGGCUGUCGUCAAGUCCAAGACAAGUUCAAGUUCAUGUCCACACGUAUGGUACAUACAUAUUUACACAUACGUGCAUCUCUACCACGAAGGACAAACUGUACAGAGACUGAGAUGACGCGCACACACGCACGCACGCACGCACGC